UGGCACAGGAUCAACGUAGUUCAUCAUGGCGCGUCGAUGCGGACGUGGGGUCUUGAUUCUUCUGUUUUCUCCUUUCUAAUUGUAAUUUGCCUCAACCAAAACCUCACUGACUCGAAUGAGCUAUAUCUCCAUUUCAAAGACUAAAAUAAGCGGAUUAAUUUUGGAUCGUAAAGUGGACGAACAUGUAAACUCGUGUUUCAAAUUGAGGAUCGAGAUCUCAGGAUCCCUUUUCCAAGUGACGAGAGGCGGCGAAUUCACUAGUUUCAGCCGCUGAACUCGGAAAGAAACUGUACGAGGAGGCGUGAAAAGAAGAGGCCGUGAUUAAGUGACUACAAGUAACGUGACCAUGACCGCGGCAUGGGAGUGACGUGACGACGGGGGUGGACCUAGACACUCGUACUCCCUUGCACGCACACGACAUGCCCCUCUCUCCUUGGGGAACCAGCGCCGAGUGAGCUAGUGAGUGUGAGCGGACAGGGGGCUCUCGCAUGAUGGACGAGUCAGCUCUCCUGGACCUGCUGGAGUGCCCGGUGUGCCUGGAGCGUCUGGAUGCCACGGCCAAGGUACUGCCUUGCCAGCACACGUUCUGCCGCCGAUGCCUGCUGGGCAUUGUGGGGUCGCGCGGUGAGCUCCGUUGCCCUGAGUGCCGCACGCUGGUGGGGAGCGGCGUGGAAGAGUUGCCCAGCAACAUCCUGCUGGUUCGCCUACUGGACGGCAUCAAGCAGCAGCCCAGGCGGGCGGGCGUGGGCAUGGGGGCGGGGGUGGGACCGGCAACAGCCUGUACCAAUGGCUCCGCUGGCGGGGGGACGAGGAACCAGGCAGCUGGUGGAGGGCAGAGGGAGCAGGGAACCACAGGAACACAACCCCAAAGGGUCCAGACCAAGAGCACACCAGUCAGGGGAGUGCCCCAGCUCCCCUGCGCCAAAGCCCUGUAUAACUACGAUGGCAAAGAGCCUGGCGACCUGGCCUUCAGCAAGGGCGACAUCAUCAUUCUGCGUCGGCAGGUGGAUGAGAACUGGUACCAUGGCGAGGUUGGCGGAGUCCACGGCUUCUUUCCCGCCAGCUUUGUGCAGGUGUUGAAGCCACUGCCGCAGCCUCCCCCACAGUGUAAGGCACUCUACGACUUUGAGCUGCGUGAUAAGGAGGCAGACAAAGACUGCCUACCCUUCUCCAAGGAUGACAUUCUGACAGUGAUCCGGCGGGUGGACCAGAACUGGGCCGAGGGAAUGCUGGGAGACAAGAUUGGCAUCUUCCCCAUAUCAUAUGUGGAGUUCAACACUGCUGCACGACAGCUCAUCGAGCUGGACAAGCCUCCUGAGGGUGCCAGCGACUCUGGCGAGGGCCCUUCCUCCUCCAGCUCCUCCUCUUCCUCGGGUCCCCAAGCCAACGGGCCGCAGAAGAGUGUGGUGGUGGCAGGUGAGAAGAAGAACAGCAAGAAGCGCCACUCGUUCACCUCGCUGACCAUGUCCCACAAACCCUGCUUGGCCGUGCCACCGCCCCAGAGGCACUCCAUGGAGAUCAGUGGGCCUGUGCUCAUCAGCUCGUCCAACCCGACAGCAGCCGCGCGCAUCGGCGAGCUCAGCGGCGGCUUGUCCUCCAGCGCGCCCUCCCAGGUUCACAUUUGCACGACGGGGCUCAUUGUCACUCCUCCACCUAGCAGUCCUGUAACUACAGCGACUGUCUUCACCUUUCCCUCAGAGACCAGCUAUGCUGCAAUCCCAGUGGAUGUACUGCCUCCACCACCGCCGCCUCCCCCACAAUCCUCUGCUGCUGGCGCUACAACCUCAUUGGCUGCUGGCCAGAGGCCCUCUCCCACAGCAAGUGACCAGAGUGGCCGUCAGCGGCCGACAGUGUACGUGGCGAUGUUCGCCUACACUCCACGGAAAGAGGACGAGCUGGAGCUGAGGAAGGGGGAGAUGUUCCUCGUACUGGAGCGCUGCCAAGACGGCUGGUUCAAAGGAACGUCCAUGCACACUGGCAAGAUUGGAGUUUUUCCUGGAAACUACAUGACUCCUGUCAGCAGGACGGCAGCAAGCAGUGGCCAGCCCAAAGUGCCUCUGACACUGGGCUCACAGGCUGGGCGGGGCAUCACCAUCAUUAGUCCCUCCUCUACUCCCCUCGGACCCACAUUGAGUGGCGGAGACCCCAGCAAGCCCCUCCCAGUUUGCACAGGCCCUGUCCCUUCCGGCCCUCUGCCGGCUGCCGUAGUGACGGCAGCUCACACCCCGACAGGUCAGCACACCAAAGUGCUGAUGCACGUGACGUCACAGAUGACGGUCAAUCAGGCGCGAAAUGCUGUUAGGACAGCUGUCUGUCACAAUCAGGACCGCCCCACUGCAGCUGUAACCCCCAUUCAAUCCCAGAAUACCAUGGCUUUCCUGCCUCACUCGGCUGUGUGCCCGCAGCAGUCACCUGCCCCUUGCCUAGGCCCCGCCUCCAGCCCUGUCACGAGCAAAAUGGGUGUGGCUAUGGGCUGUGCCGCCUCCUCCCUCACACCGCCCAACGUCAGCGCUGCUUCUCUGGAGGUCGACACCAUGAGACCCACUGCCAUGGUGGCCCUUCCUGUUGUGCCUGGUAAUGCCAGGCCUGUUGGUGCUACAGCAACAAAUCAAACUGCUGCUUAUAGACUGGAUAAGGACUGCAAGAGGGAAAAGAAAGGUCUGUUGAAACUGCUGUCCAACAAGAAGAAGCUCCGCCCCUCUCCCCCAUCUUCUCCAACACUGGAGGUGGAGCCGGCCAUUGCUGCUGACCUGCCUCAGGGUGCCGUGGGUCCUGACAUGCCUCCGCCCACCUCUGCUGUGCUUGCUGGUGGAAACCAUGGCCGCACUGGGUCCUGUCUUGGGGAGACGGAGACAUCCGCCACUGCCAUAUCAUCAUCUGCAUCCUCAUCGUCAUCCUCCAGCAUGGAUGCAGUACACCGUAGAAACAGCUCCCAGGAUAACUCUGCUCCUAUUGCACCACCACCACGCCAACCAUGCUCCUCCCUUCUCUCUGUGCAGCAUGACGGCCGGCCAAUCGUGUGUGAGAGGUACCGAGUCGUGGUGUCAUAUCCUCCACAGAGUGAGGCCGAGCUGGAGCUUAAGGAGGGGGACAUUGUGUUCGUGCACAAAAAGCGUGAGGAUGGCUGGUUCAAAGGAACGCUGCAGCGCAACGGCCGGACAGGCCUCUUCCCUGGAAGCUUCGUUGACAGCAUCUGACUGCUGCUCACCCCCUCAGCCUUGCCCAGACAACCCUGAACUCCUCUGCUAGGCUUGUGGGUGAAUCUGUGCACAUGUCAACCAUGACACUUUGCAUCCUGGACGUCAUGAGGCCGACACAGUCUCCAGGAGCUGAAAACAGACUUUCAGUUUACACAGCGACCCUCUGAACAGGUCCCCUUCAUGGGCCAGUCAGCACAUACUCAAGUACAUAUAAGCCUUUCAUCUAGAGCUGACGACUUGUGACGGAGCUGACUUAGCUUUUUGUCUCUAGCAGCCGAAUCAGAGCACAGUCAUGUGUCGAUUAGUUAAUUUAUGUAUCUGUAACAUUUCAGAGAGGUUUAAAUGUGUGCCUUGUACUGUCUCUCACUUUACUGUAUAUAAGCAAACAAAGCUGAUAUUCUGAGUCACAAAACGGACAGUAUGAAUUGAACUAGGAUGGAAAAUAUGAAUUUAACUUAUUUUUUUUAAUUUAGUUUGGUGUUGGUGGAUGACUGAUGUGGGUGGAGCUACAUGAACUGAGGCAAAGGUUGAUUGGAAGCCCUAGAUGGCCAUCACUGAUUGGCCACAUGGUACUUCCUUGUCAUUGGUAGAGAGAGUUUGAUGUCAGCGCUGUUCAUCUAUUGCUUCAACGGAAUGUAUGUCCUUUCCAGUUGAACUACUGUUGUUCACCUUAUUUUUCCAGUUGGACUACACUUCCCAAUUUACUACUGAUUUAAAACUACUAAUUGUUAAUUUAAAUCUAAGCAAUAUGCAUACACCAAUAUUGUCUUUAAAAAAUAUGCUCAGCAGACCAUAUGGUAUUAGACCAAGUGUGUUAAUUGGCUAGUGUAUUACAAAAAACCAACCACUGUCUCUUUUCAGUUUGGCUCAUUCAGUUGGCUCAUUGGGUGUAUUUGAGGCUGCUAGGAAGCAUCAGAGUGGUGAUGGUUCUGGAUGCAUGAUGACUGGUUGUGACUCCACAAUGCCAAGUAUGAUUGGAGCUGGCACAUUUAAUAAUUCUGCUGUAGUUUUAUAUUAAUGGGGUUUAGGGAUAGUAGGGUUAAUGUCUGUGUAAUGUGUGUAAAAGUAAAAAAAAAAAAACCUCCAUAGAAGGCAUCUGAGUGGUGGUGGUGUAUAUUUAUCACUCAAAAUAUACCAAUUAUAUUCUUGUAUUUUUAUGAAAGUAUGAUAGCUGCUGGCUCCCUCUGUUAUACAUGCGAGUGCUGUGACUGACAGCUAAAUGUUGGACAUUUAGACCUCAAAAUAUUUGGACAUCAAAAAAAGCACACAAAUUGCUACAUCAUAAUAAAGUUAAACUUGUAAACACAUUUUGCUCUCGUGUAUGGUCAAAACAUGUUGCCGUUUUUGGGGAGGUCAGUGUGUGCCCAUGUGUAUGUUCCUCAUUAGGUUCACCUGUUUUAACAAUUCAGAUUAUUUUUAGCCUAUUGCACUAUCCCUGGCAUAAGGGUCCAGUGGACCUUCUGACUGCUGCCUUCUGAACAUUUCCAGUUUAAGUGACAGUCAGAGAUUCCCCUUGGGCCUGAAGCCACUGACUGCGUCCCACAAUUGAUUUGCAGAGGUGGGAGUGGUCUGUGACUUGUAGUCCUGUUAAAUAAUGACCAUUAGCAGCUGUGGAAAGGGCUGGUCCAUUGUCAUUCCUUUUCUUUUUCUUGUUGUAAGGUCUCUUUUGGUGAGGUUUAACACCUGUCGAUAAGACUUGAAUAUAGCCUGUUGGAUAGUUCCAAGUGACUUGAAUCCCAGUUUUGUUCCGGUUUUAUUUGAAAACCACAAGAGAAGUUUAAUGCUUUGCAAAUUCUGAAGCUCUGGACAUGCCCAUUGUGCAAUGCUUCAUUCAAAUAGAGGUCUGGAUUUAAAAAAAACAAAAAAACAAAACAUAGCCAGAAUUUUAAUACAAAAUGUUUAAAAGACUGACCAACUUCAUUAUUUGACAAGGCCUUACUUUUUAACCUAUUAGUAGACAUUUACUUUCCAAGAUCAAAGUUUUAUUUUUGUUUGAUUUUUUAGAUUUUGGCAUUUAUGAUGUGAUCUAAAUGAGAAAUUCUUACAUAUACAACCGUAAAGCUUUCUGGUGGGAAUUUCUCAUCUUUUGCCUUUGGAAAACACUCUGCAUGUCUCAUCUGCAGGGCUUGGCCUUUUAUGAUUGUAGAGAAGAGAGGAGUAUGUAGCUUGUGCCUGAUUUGCAAUUUAUUUGAAUGCGAUUAUGUAGGUCUUUAUACAAUAAAAGUGAUGACAAAACA